UUUAAACUGUUGCAAAUCCGUCCUAGUUGUGUUGCUGUGGUGACGCUUUACGGCAUUUGGAUCAUGGCGGAGUCGCUGAGCGGUGUGCAGUUGAGCACGAAAUGGCAGGAGGCUUCAAACAGAGGGGCUGCCAUACUCAGCUAUUUAGGGGAGCAAGUCCCUCUAAUUUACUGUCUGGAGACAGAGCCACAACAAGGGGAGGAGGAGCAAAAGGUUGAGCAACAUCUCCUGUAUCCUCUGGAGUGCUUCCUUUUUGGAGAGGAACCUUGUGUCGGCCUGGAGAAGCUACAGCAAUACAACAGCAGCUCAUCAGCUCAGCAAUGUGGACGUGUCUUUAAAGAGGGCGAGACUGUCUACACCUGCAGGGAUUGUGCAAUAGAUCCCACCUGUGUACUCUGCAUAGAAUGCUUCCAGAAGAGUGUGCACAAAAGUCAUCGCUACAAGAUGCAUGCCUCAGCAGGAGGAGGUUUCUGCGACUGUGGAGAUUUGGAGGCUUGGAAGAGCGGACCCUGCUGCUCCCAACACGACCCUGGCACUUCAGUUACUAUGGAAACGGAUGAGUGUGUGAUGGAUCCAGGCCUUCGAGAAAGGGCUCAGAUGCUGUUCCACCUGCUGCUGCGGUACACGACAGACAUGCUGGUUUGGGAAGAAACCUAUGAGCUAUCAGAGGAGCUGAAGCCAAAAGUGAAGGAAGACGCCUACUUCUGUGUGCUCUACAACGAUGAACAUCACUCAUAUGAUCACGUCAUCUACACGCUUCAGCGCGCGAUCGCCUGUGACCAGAACCAGGCCCAAAUCUACACUGCACUUAUUGACAAGGAAGGGCGGAAAGCAGUGAAGAGAGGUACUCUCAGAUCCUGUCAACAAGCCAAGGACAACAUCAGGCGUAACUCAGAGCACAUUAUCCAGAUACCUUUGCGGGUGGAGAUUCUUCACACUGCUGUAAUGGCUCAUCAGACCUUCGCCCUCAGACUUGGCGCAUGGUUCCAGAAGAUCAUUGGCUACUUAGUUGGCCUCAGGGAGGUAUUCUGCCAGGUGGCUUUGGAGCCGGCCGCUGACAACGAUCAGCUCUGCCUGAUCAGUCGACUUAUGCUGCACGACGCCAAACUUUAUAAAGGAGCUCGCAAGGUUGUCCACGAGUUAAUUUUCAGUAGUUUACUGAUGGACACAGAAUUCAAGAGGCAGUUUGCCAUGAAAUUCACAGCGCACUACAAGCAACUUCAGGAAGACUUUAUCAGCGAUGACCAUCAGAGGAACAUCUCAGUCACAGCCUUAUCUGUGCAGAUCUUCACUGUUCCCACUUUGGCCAGGCAGUUGAUAGAGGAGGGCAGUGUCAUCAAGGUCAUUAUAGACACUGUAAUGGAUAUGAUGAGUGCACAUCUGGACAGCAACAACCGCUUCCAAUUCCAGGGCCACAACCCUGACAAGUUCUUCCGGGUUCAAGUUAUCUUCCAUGACCUCAGGUACAUUCUAAUCAGUAAGCCCUCUGUGUGGACUGAGACGUUGAGGGUGAAGUUCCUCGAAGGUUUACGCGUCUUUCUUCGCUUCUUAUGUUGUAUGCAGGGGAUGGAGGAGGUGAAGAGGCAGCUUGGUCAGCAUGUUGAGGUGGAGCCCGAGUGGGAGGCGGGAUUUACCCUCCAGAUGCAGCUGCGCCACAUUCUCACCAUGUUUCAGGACUGGUGUUCUUCUGACGAGAGGGUUCUGUUGUUGGCCUUUCAGGAGUGUCACAGAGCUCUAAUGUCCUGCACCAACCAGCCCUUCCGCAGAGAGCCGACAGACAGCUACAUGUGCAAGCAGAUCCUCCACGCACGGCUGUAUAAAGUCUCCCAGGAGCCCGUCUCCAUCCAUCUGCCCAUCUCUAGACUCCUGGCCGGUUUAUAUGUGCAGCUGUGCCAGACUGGAGCAAUCCAAUACCUCCCUGACUUUGUGGAUCCUGUGCAGCUGAACUUCACUGAGCUGGCGGAGCAGCCUCUGCGCUGUGUUGUGCUGGCGGCUCAGGUGUGUGCUGACAUGUGGCGCAGAAACGGCCUGUCGCUCGUCAGCCAGACUGCUUCCAAAAUGGACCCCAAUCAUUUCCUCAUGCUUGUUCUUUUGAGAUUUGAACUCUUUGAUAUUUUUAAUGGCAACUCCUCCAGUAAAGAUCAGGAAGUACUGAAACAGUGGAAUAGGUUAACGGAGGAGAUGCUUUACCUGAUAAUCAUCAUUGUAGGUGAACGGUAUGUGCCUGGAAUCAGUCAUGUGACUAAGGAGGAUGUGACUAUGAGGGAGGUCAUCCAUCUGCUUUGUAUUCAACCCAUGGCUCAUAGCAGCCUGGUUAAAAGCCUGCCUGAAAAUGCCCUUCACCUUGUAGGCCAGGCUCUACUGGAGGAAAAAACACAGUUGGAAAGCAGCAGUACUGAGGAAGUGACCUUUGACUUUAGUCUGAAAGCACAAACUGCUCCGUUUGAGGUGGUGAAGUGUCUUCGAGAGAAAUCCGGUCCUGUAGCUUCAUUUUCUGUGGAUCACAGCAUGUUGGAGGAGAGUGUGCAGGAUAAAGAGAAGGCCGAGCGCAAGAGGAAAGCUGAAGCUGCUAAAGCCCACAGACAGAAGAUCAUGGCUCAGAUGUCGGCCAUGCAGAAGAACUUCAUAGAGUCCAACAAGAUGCUUUAUGACAACGUGCCUGAGAGCUCGAGUCAGAGCGACACCGCCGCGUCUGUGGACAGCUGCAGGAUGGAUGUGGAUGAGAGCAGGGUGGCUGUGGGGCCUCAGCAGGGCGUUUGUUCCACAGACUGGGAGGCUCAAAUCUGCAUCCUAUGUCAGGAGGAGCAGGAGGUUCAGGCUCAGGCACCAGCCAUGGUCCUCACAGCAUGUGUGCAAAGAUCUACUGUUCUCACCCAGAACCGUGGAAAGACACUCUCCCCUAAAGGCAGCUAUCCCCUGUUCAUGCCCCCUGAUCUGGCUGUGGGGACACACACCGGCAGCUGUGGGCAUGUGAUGCACGCCACCUGCUGGCAAAAGUACUUUGAAGCUGUGCAGAACACCACUCGGAAUCGGCUGCAUGCAGAUCUGAUCAUAGACCUGGAGAACGGCGAGUACAUGUGUCCACUCUGCAAGUCCCUCUGUAACACGGUCAUUCCUCUGAUCCCUGUGGAGCCCAAAACUGGUUCAGAACACGGCAAAUCUUUGUUCCACUUCCUGACCAAAAUAAAGUCUUUACCUUCUCUGAAAGCUCAGAAUGACAUGAUCAUGUGGAACCUACAGAUGUUUGAGGUGGUGAAGUGUCUUCGAGAGAAAUCCGGUCCUGUAGCUUCAUUUUCUGUGGAUCACAGCAUGUUGGAGGAGAGUGUGCAGGAUAAAGAGAAGGCCGAGCGCAAGAGGAAAGCUGAAGCUGCUAAAGCCCACAGACAGAAGAUCAUGGCUCAGAUGUCGGCCAUGCAGAAGAACUUCAUAGAGUCCAACAAGAUGCUUUAUGACAACGUGCCUGAGAGCUCGAGUCAGAGCGACACCGCCGCGUCUGUGGACAGGCCGAAGUUCUCUCGCAGUAUCACAGAGAUGUUGGGGGUCUGUGCGACCACAGUGCAUAGGGUGGGACUACAGACCGCUCCCAAUGACCUGUGCCCGUACAUGCCUGUCAUGUCCUGGAACACGUGUGCCUACACCAUCCAGGCCAUCGAGAAUAUGUUACAAGAAGAAGGGAAGCCUCUUUUUGGAUCCCUCCAGAACAGACAGCUGUCUGGACUCAAAGCGUUAGUGCAGUUUUCAGCUGCUCAGAGGCUGAAGAGCAGUCAAGCUGUCGUACAGAAGCAUUUUGCUGAUAUGUUAGCAGUCCUGGUACCUGUUCCUAAUGUAGAAAACACACCAUCAAUAUUAGAAGUGGACUUCUUUCAUCUACUGGUGGGGCUGGUUCUGUCCAUCCCAGCAUUGUAUCAGGAAGAGGCUGUAGACCUGCAGCCUUCAGCAGUCAGCACAGCGUACAAUCACCUCUACCUGCUGCACCUGCUCACUAUGACACACAUGCUGCAGGUCCUGCUGGCCUCACACGAUUGUGCUGUAAUAGGAGGGCUGGGGGAGGGCGAUGAGGCCCAGGCUGCAGCCGAACUCUUCUCUAUUGUGUCUCAACACACAGACAGGUUAAGGGCUGGUGUGACUGGUUUCUGUGUAGAGGGUGUAAAGAGAGGUGUGCUUCCCUUCCUGCGCUGUGCUGCACUGUUCUUUAAUUGCCUUACAGGAGUGCCCCCUCCAGAGGAGCUGUCCGAAUCACCUGAAAGUCAGCUGCAUCUGUUGUGUAGUUACCUCUCUUUGCCCUCCAACCUGUUUCAACUGUUUCAGGACCACAGGGAUGUUGUAACCACCUUAAUUAAGAGGUGGUGUGAGAAUGCAGCCAUAUCCAAAGCCCUCAAAGGUGAAAUGCAAAUCAUCAGGUACCCUCAUAAGAAAAACAGGCUAAUAGAUCUUCCAGAGGACUAUAGUGUGUUGCUCAAUCAAGCUAGUCACUUUAAAUGCCCAAACUCAUCAGAUGACGAGCGAAAGCACCCGACUCUGUGUCUUCUGUGUGGGGUCAUGCUGUGUGCGCAGAGCCCCUGCUGUCAGGAGCAGCUGAACGGGGAGGAUGUAGGCGCGUGCACGGCUCACGCUGCAAUCUGUGGGGCUGGAGUGGGAAUGUUUCUCAGGGUUCGAGAGUGUGAGAUCAUCUUGAUGGCCAGUAAGACACGGGGCAGUCCCUAUCCAGCACCUUACCUUGACGACUAUGGAGAAACAGACCCUCAGCUUGGGCGUGGGAACCCGCUGCACUUGUGUCCAGAGCGCUACCGCAAGUUGUUUCAUAUGUGGCAGCAGCACUGCGUCCUGGAGGAAAUCGCCCGCAGUCUGGAGCUCCUCAACGUCAUGUUCCCCUUUGAGUGGCAGAUGCUUUGAGCUCCGAGACUGCCAGAGGAAGUGCACAACGCAAGACACGCUGACUGCAAGGAGUAAUAAACUCCCUCGCUUCUCUACCUGCUGCUGUCCGUGUUUUCCAGCAGCCCAGUGCAUUAUGGGUAGUCACACUAAACAGACCCAUAGAAGAUAUUAAAGAAGUGAAUGUGUUCUCUGGGCUCUUUAUUUAUCUAGCUUGGGUUGCAGAUCUACACUCGUUUUAGCACUGCAGCUUUUUCUUUUUGCGCAUUGUGGUGUUUUUGCAUUUGUUUUCAGGGUGUAAAGAUUUAUUGCAGGUCUUGUGUCUCUACAAACCACAUUAACCUAUAUGAAAUGCUAGGCCUCUCACCCUGCUACAGCCUUUUUGCUCUUUUUUUUUCAUCUGUGUGAGAAAUGUAUUCAUGUGAAUAUAAUAUAUCUAUGUACUACUUUACUUUAUUAUGUAAAGCUGCCCUCAACGUAAAGUAUAUUCAGUGUUACGGAGUAAAAAGCUGUUUUUCAAAUUAUACUACUUCACAUGCUACGCCUAAAAAAAUGUCAUAUUUUUCAUAAAAAUACAGUUUUUCAUUAAAG